AUGGACGUUCUUUCUAUCGAGUUGUGUGUUCAGACAGUCGUCAGAGCAUUUCUCGAUGCUGCGAAAUUGGUGCAGCGGCUACGGCAGAAGGCUGCCACAUCAGAAGAGUUCAUUGUUCCUGAGGAUCUGAUCAAGGACUUUGAGACCUCACUGUCGCUGGGUUCGAUCACUGUCCAAAGCCAAUAUGACCACGACUUCCGCCGAUUCGGCGAGACAUACGCUCGCGGCGAUGCUGUCGCACGAGAACAGAUGAGAGAUGUUGUCAUCACUCUUCAAAAGGUCAUCACGCAUUUGCGUGAAGUGUUCAUGGACGAUGCAUCACUAGAUCUUCGAAUGCUGAAAGAGACUUCUGACGACAGCCGAGUCAAUGCCACAGUAUGUCUCGGCCAGCUAUAUCAGCGUAUGUCAACUGCUGCAGCUUCGAUGAAAGAAAUGUCCAGGUCAUAUUGUGGCGAGGCCGAGCAGCAGGCGGCCUCGAAUACUUUAGCUUAUUCCAGUAGCCAGAGCACGAAUUCAUCAACAGGAGGGACACCUUGGGACAGCCGAUCCAGCACCUCAUUCGCCAGCUACAGUACGAGAACCGCUGUCGAAGGUGAUCGAAAGCCAUCCAACGGGCAUCAGCCACAUCGACGAAUGUCUCUGACUUCAGCUUUCUCCUACUCGAGCGAGCGAGAGCCACAUAAGGGCCUGGAGCCUGAGGGAGAUGUCAUGCUUAAACGUCCGCCUCCUGUACAGCGCCACUCGAGUCAAAGUCCAAGUCUCGAUCCAGUUGGAAAGAGCCUCAACGAGGGCAUGAACAUGGGCGAUGAGAGAGCUGUCAUGACGACCAAUUCCGUGCCAAGGCGUGACUUGCCUUUCUACUCAUUGGGCUUGACACCUCUCGUCGAACACAUCCAUGAUGCUGAAGAAGCAGACUUGCGGCUAUCUCCUACUACGAGUGGCCAUGACAUCCAGAGUUCAGGUCGAUCAUCUCCACGUAUUCCUGGAUCCUUGACUAACACCAGCCAAGUUCCUGUUGUAGCAGCGUCGUCGGUGCUCAAACCCGACAACGGCAUUACGUCGGGAACAAUUGCACCACUGGAAGUAAAUCAACAAGGUCCUGUACCUGUACCUCUAAACCCUGAAUACAGUACGCUGGAAUGUGUGGUGUCAGCGGGUGGGGAGUGGCACUCAUUACCACCACUCAAUCCGCAAGGCUAUAUGCAAGGGUGUAACCAACAAACACAGCCUUCCUGGCUGUUGUCACACUCCACCUGGCCGACAGCACAAGGGGAGCCAGAUCCUAUUUAUACAGGGACUUACCGGCCCGCACUCAAUGGUGCAGGCUUAGUGAACAUGUUGACUUUGAACAACCCUGUUCCGACGAGGGUUCUCUCAGGAUCCUCAACAUCCAGGCCAUUAUCAAUGCAAUCGUCCAGUUCAGCGAGCUCCAGAAUAAGCGGCUUCACCCUUAAAAAGGCGCUCCCCCCUGGCAUUAUUGGCGUCAUUCACAAGAACAGUUCUAGCGCACCGAAAGCGCAAGUCGAUGAUCAACCUCGAUACGUUAAGCCACAAACCCCGCCUCCUCCAGUUCACUCGUCAGAGCUGGCCAGUAGCCCCGUUCUAGGGGGACAAACAAGCAUAGCUAGGGCGAACGUGCCAUGGCCGGGGAUGGAUCCAGUCACAGCUUCCUUGGAGUCAGCGAUGAGGGCACCAGGCUCGCCUCAUUUACAAGCGUCUCGAUCAGAGCUAAACCUACCAUGUGAAUCUAACCUGGCGGGUUUCUGCAAAGGAGCCGUGCGACAGCAACUUAGUGGUCGAAAAAAGGGCUUCAAGUUAGAGCAUAGAAAGCCAAGAAAGGAGCACGAGUGGUUCUUCCAGUGCACAAAAUGCAACUUUGCAGGGCCAGCAACAGUGUCGGCGGCUCUUCCCAGUGGAGGUCGAGGAGCUAUCAAGCGGGAAAAGACUUUCGACACAAGGGUUAGAACCUCACCCGAGGGUAUCCAGUACCGAUGGGCAUUCCUUGCCAAAAGUCACGUCCUCAACAAGGAAAGCCGUAGCGACUUGAACAACAGCAACGAUGCGUACGGCUGUUAUUUCUGCUGUGCGGAAGGGAUAGCGAAGGGCUGGCUGACACCUGAUAUGCAUCCGGAUGAGCAAACGCCGACAUUCAGCGGCCUUGAUACCUUCAUGGCGCAUCUGGAAACACACCGAACACCACACCGUUUUCCGGGGUUAAUAGUGGCAAAUGAGCUGAACUGUAUCGUGGGCCGGAUGGCCAGUGAGAAUGAAGACUUUGAUCUGAAUCUGCCUCCGCUGGCAAGGUAA